CUCUCGUGCGCGCGCGCUGUCUGUGAGUGCGUUAGCGUUAAUGGCUCCUCCUGCGCGCGAGAGAGACGCCGAGCUCCAGCACCGAGCAGCACAGGGGGAGCUGUCCCAACACCCCGAAAAGGGAAAAAAACUCGCUCUCCGUCAGCGAAAUUUGAAGUGUUUACGCAGUUGAGUUGGUUAAUUUGAAACCGAGGACCCCCAUGUUAACGACGGAAGGCGAACGUCAGAGGAAAGCGUUGUGAGUUUUUGAAAUAAACAACAAAAAAAAUAAUCAACUCGCCAAAUGAACUCCGUCAGAGCGACCAACAGAAGACCCAGGCGAGUAUCGAGGCCGCGCCCGGUGCAGCCCGAGAGGAACAACGGCGAAAGAGAUGAGGACGUCCCUGCAGAUAUGGUUGCAGAAGAAUCUGGUCCAGGAGCUCAAAACAGUCCGUACCAACUCCGCAGAAAGUCCUUGUUGCCUAAGAGAACCACGUGUCCCACAAAAAGCAGUAUGGAGGGAGCCUCCACUUCAGCAACAGAAACCUUUGGUCACAGAGCAAAACGUGCCCGGGUGUCAGGGAAGUCCCAAGACCUUCCAGCUUCCCCCGCAGAACAGUAUCUCCAAGAAAAGCUUCCAGAUGAGGUGGUCCUGAAGAUUUUUUCCUACCUGCUGGAGCAAGACCUGUGCCAGGCUGCUUGUGUCUGCAAGCGCUUUAGUGAGCUAGCUAACGACCCUAUUCUCUGGAAGAGAUUGUACAUGGAGGUGUUUGAAUACACACGGCCCAUGAUGCAUCCAGAGCCAGGGAAAUUCUACCAGAUAAACCCUGAAGAAUAUGAGCAGCCGAACCCAUGGAAGGAAAGCUUUCAGCAACUGUAUAAAGGUGCACAUGUAAAGCCUGGCUUUGCAGAACAUUUCUACAGCAAUCCAGCCAGAUACAAGGGCAGAGAGAAUAUGCUGUACUAUGACACCAUUGAGGAUGCAUUGGGAGGAGUUCAGGAGGCCCACUUUGAUGGGCUGAUCUUCGUUCAUUCUGGAAUCUACACAGACGAAUGGAUCUACAUCGAGUCUCCCAUUACGAUGAUCGGUGCAGCUCCUGGAAAAGUAGCUGAUAAAGUUGUUAUUGAGAACACUAGAGAUUCAACAUUUGUCUUUAUGGAGGGUUCAGAAGAUGCAUAUGUAGGUUACAUGACCAUUCGGUUCAACCCUGAUGAUAAAUCAGCCCAGCAUCACAAUGCACACCACUGCCUGGAGAUUACAGUCAACUGCAGCCCGAACAUUGACCACUGCAUUAUCCGCAGCACCUGCACAGUGGGGUCGGCGGUGUGUGUAAGUGGCCAAGGUGCAUGUCCCACCAUCAAGCACUGUAACAUCAGUGACUGUGAAAAUGUGGGACUCUACAUCACCGAUCACGCGCAGGGCAUUUAUGAAGAUAAUGAAAUCUCCAACAAUGCAUUAGCGGGGAUCUGGGUGAAAAACCAUGGCAACCCCAUCAUCAGGAGGAACCAUAUCCAUCAUGGCCGAGAUGUUGGCGUGUUCACGUUUGACCAUGGCAUGGGCUACUUUGAGAGCUGCAACAUCCACAGAAACAGAAUUGCAGGUUUUGAGGUAAAGGCGUAUGCCAACCCCACAGUGGUGCGCUGUGAAAUUCACCAUGGCCAAACAGGGGGCAUCUAUGUCCACGAGAAGGGCCGGGGCCAGUUCAUAGAGAAUAAGAUCUACGCGAAUAACUUUGCUGGCGUGUGGAUCACAUCAAACAGUGACCCAACCAUUAGGGGUAAUGCCAUCUUCAAUGGAAACCAAGGGGGUGUUUACAUAUUUGGUGAUGGCAGAGGUCUCAUAGAGGGUAAUGAUAUUUAUGGAAACGCCCUGGCUGGCAUUCAGAUCCGAACCAACAGCUGCCCUAUAGUCAGACACAACAAGAUACAUGAUGGACAGCAUGGAGGAAUCUAUGUGCACGAGAAGGGUCAGGGUGUUAUUGAGGAGAAUGAAGUAUAUAGCAACACUCUGGCUGGAGUGUGGGUGACCACAGGGAGCACGCCGGUGCUCCGGCGGAACAGGAUACACAGUGGCAAACAGGUUGGCGUGUAUUUCUAUGAUAAUGGUCAUGGAGUAUUGGAAGAUAAUGAUAUCUACAACCACAUGUACUCUGGUGUACAAAUCAGAACUGGAAGCAACCCUAAGAUUAGACGAAACAAAAUCUGGGGAGGGCAGAAUGGAGGCAUUCUUGUUUACAACUCUGGAUUGGGCUUCAUUGAGGACAAUGAGAUAUUUGACAACGCCAUGGCGGGAGUAUGGAUCAAGACCGACAGCAACCCCACCCUACGCAGGAACAAGAUCCAUGAUGGCCGGGAUGGCGGUAUCUGCAUAUUCAAUGGCGGAAGGGGAUUGUUGGAGGAAAACGACAUCUUCAGAAAUGCCCAGGCUGGUGUCCUGAUUAGUACCAACAGUCACCCAGUGUUGAGGAAGAACCGAAUAUUUGAUGGCUUUGCUGCAGGUAUCGAGAUAACAAACCAUGCUACAGCAACCUUAGAAGGCAAUCAAAUAUUCAAUAACAGAUUUGGAGGGCUGUUUCUCGCCUCUGGUGUCAAUGUCACGAUGAAAGACAACAAAAUCAUGAACAAUCAGGAUGCCAUAGAGAAAGCUGUGAGCAGAGGUCAGUGCCUGUACAAGAUUUCCAGUUACACCAGCUAUCCCAUGCACGAUUUUUACAGGUGCCACACCUGUAACACAACAGACAGAAAUGCAAUCUGUGUGAAUUGUAUUAAGAAGUGCCACCAAGGGCAUGAUGUCGAGUUUAUACGACAUGAUAGGUUUUUCUGUGACUGUGGUGCGGGAACCCUGUCAAACCCUUGCACAUUAGCCGGAGAGCCGACACACGACACGGACACUCUGUAUGACUCGGCACCUCCUAUAGAGUCGAACACAUUACAACACAACUGAGGCUCAACCUGUUCUCCAUCUCAACACCCUGGUCUUUAAUUUUAUCCUGUCUACAAAGCAAGAGCUUCUAUAACUUUGGUCUUGGUCUUAGAAAGACUCUGCAUACAAAAUGACAGGACGACAAACUCUUUAGACUUGAAUCAAUUGUUGUACGGUAAAGGAAACCAUUUUCGAGCGGAGACAUGGGACUCCUUUGGAUCUCUACCUGUUUACUGGAUAGAGAUGUGUCUAUAUUGCUAAAAAAAAAAAAGGGUUCUGAUGCAAGCGGAUGCGAGAGAUUCCCUGUUCGUUUUCAGUUGGCUCUCCAUCUGCAAAGAGUUAUUAGUUGACUAAAGCUUUGGAAGAGUUAAGAGCUGCACAGAGAAGCAAUAUGUUGACUCAGGAUUCUGGAGAUUAAGAGAAGAAAUGAAAGCGGCAUCAACUUUCAGCAGAAGAAUGACGGAAACGUCCGAACCGAUAAGCCUGUGCAGUCUCUGAUGCGUGCAGGUUCAGGUGAAGUUCUUUUGCAGUUUUGUACAGACGUAACGGUGGCCAGAAACACACAGCCGUCACCCCUCCCCCAGAGACGCUGCCUGGAUAAGAGGGAGAGCCAUGAUGACAUGGCUUCCUUGGCAACUGUUUCUAGGUAACAGAUUUGCUGGUUAUAUGUAUGGUAUAAAAAAAAAAAAAAUUUGAAAAAAAUGUGGUUAGCACUUGCUUUUUUUUCUUUCUUUUCCCCCCCCUUUUUUUUUUAAAUUUUAUUUUAAACGUUAAUGUUAUUCUGAUCAACAAAUAUGAUUUUAAUGCUUUCUCAUGUAGUUUUGUAUUUUCAAGCAAAAAUCUUACAGUAUUUGAAUGUCUUUUAUUUUAUUAUAUAUUAUAAUUAUUAUUGUUAUUAAUAUUUUCGUUAGCGCAUGUUAGGCUUGUAAUCAUACUGUGUCUCAGCAUAUAAAUUCUUUCUGUGAAAGAGGAAUAGUGAAAAAAACAAACAAGAUUUGGAAAACACUACAAUGUCCUCCAGCUAUGGUUUUCGAUAGGCAAGGUAAGAAGCGGGUGUCAGUGUGUGGUGGGGUUUUUUUUUUCUUUUUUUUUUUUCUUUCUUUCUUUUUAUUAUUUAUUUUUGUUUUCUUUUUUGUUUUUUAAAUUCAUUUUUAUAGACUUCCUCUGGCUGUGACUCUUAUAAAGCCUACGUGUGGUCCCAAAGCUCAGUGUUUGCUUCACCUUUCACUGCCAUUUAGACAAACAGGGACAUUACACUUUUAGGGGUUUUUUUGUUUGUUUGUUUUUUAAUAUAAAUAAAUGUCUGCCUAAACAUUGGGGAAAGUGAUUUCUAACCAGACUUUAAAGUGCUAAUAAGGUCCCAAAGGAAAUGGAAGUGUUUGUGAACACUGGAACAGUUAUAUUAAUGUUUAUGUGAAGUUCUGCUUCAUUUACGCUUUUAUUCUUGGCCAUAGAGUUAAUUUCAUGGACAGCAAUGAGUAUAUCUCCCAAUUUUAUUCGGAUAUAUUUUUUUCUUUUGACCCAUGGCCCAUUCCGUGUCUGUUUUUGAGUGAUGAAUAUAAUUGAAAAGCAUUGCUGGAGUUUGCCAUGUUUUAAGGCCCUGGCCUCUUCGAAGCUGAAACACAAGUCUCUACGGCCUCAUUGUCUUUUUGCCCCCUCUCUUCAUCCCCCAUCUCUGUGUAAUGUGGUGACUGUGGCUUCUCAUGCCGCCGCAAUUGUAUGCAUGUACCAUAACAUCUAGACUUAAUAUAUUGUGAAGUAUUCAAUAACCAUUAUGUAGAUGCUAGUGUGAAUUCAAAAAGGGUUUAAUUUCCUAGAAAACAAAAGAAAAAGGAAACUGGUCAUUUUUAAGAAAAUAAACUUUAUUAGAUCAA